UGUUGCGGAAUCCUGUGAAACGGUGCAGCGGAUGUUGAGGAUAUACUUCACGAUGGUGGAAGAGAAAAAUGUUUAUGGGUCUAAUGGUUAAGAGAGGAACGAUUUAUAAUUAUUAACAGUUAUCACUUGUUUGUUUAGACUAAUAUAUUUAUGUUGAUCGCGUAAUUUAAAACCUGCUUUUCUAAUGCAAGCACAGCUCCUACAGCAAGCGUUGAAUUAUCUGGAGGCGAAUUUGUCAUCGAUGUUGAGAUCUGACAUUUAUUAGAUAUUUACACACAAUCUUGGUCCUUAUAAAUCUGGGAGUACAGGAGGAUAUGGGAUCAGUGGAGCUGCUUUGAUGAAAGUGAUGCAAAAGUAGCUCGUCAGCGAUUCUUGUGUCUGAUUCACUCUCUUAUGAACUGAACUGAACGGGUCUGAUCGGUGGAGAUGUCUCUGGUAGCGUACGACAGCAGCGACGACAGUGAUCGCGAUGAAUCGCCGGCUUCACCUCUUCGCCCCGCGGGUAAGAUCGGCGGACUCUUCACGUCUCUGCCCGCGCCGAAAACCGCGGAUCAGACAUCAGCUCCUCAACCUAAGAGGAUGACUAUAGAUCUGCCCAAACCCAAGAAACGCACAGAGCCCGUUAAAAUCACCGUUCCUGAAAUAAAACCAGCAGAUUCUGACUCUGAUGAUGAUGAGCCCGUCCGAAAGAAAUCAGCUCCUCGGGGAGGUGGUGGUCUGUCCUCUCUGCUUCCCCAGCCUAAGAAUCUGGUGGUGAAGGAGACCGCGCGGCCCCUGCUGCCGCACACCCUAACCAAACGCCCUGGGUCAGAUAAGCCGAAGGCGACCCCAGCAAAGUCCCAGGCUCUUUCUGGAAGCAGCCCGUCCCCGUCCGCCAUCAAAGCGGCUGCAAAGUCAGCGGCGCUGCAGCUAGCCAAACAAAUGGCCGCGGAUGAAGAGGGAAGUGACGAUGAACUCGCUCCAGAGAACUACUUUUCCCUUCCGGAAAGCUCAGCACAGCCUGUGAUGUCUCAAAACCCGCAUUCUCAGCAGUACAUUCCCUCUCUGCACCCUCCACCCGGUGUGGAGGACGCCCCACUGGACUUUGUUCCUAACGCAGACAGUCACAGUAGAUCAGCCGGAGCCAUGCAAGACUAUGAGAGCGGAGAAUAUCAACAUCAGUAUCCCGCAAAUCCACUGCCAGAGACUUCUCCACAGGAUUACUAUGGUGAAGGAUAUUACCAAGACCCGAACCCUGCGGCUGAUGAGCAAGAGGAUUCAGGAUCCUCUUCAUUGUUCAAUGAUGAAGCAGUACGGCGGCUACAGGGGAAACAGAAUCGUGGAAGAGAAGAAAUCAAGUUCCUGGAGAUCAAAGGAGACGAUCAGCUGAGUGGCAAUAAGCAAUGGCUGACAAAGAACAUGACAGCAGAGGCAGAGCCCCGCAAGUCCUUCAGCAAGAAAAAAGGAGAUCAGCCAACAGGACAACAGAGACGCAAGCACCAAAUCACAUAUCUGAUUCAUCAGGCCAAGGAACGCGAGCUGGAACUCAAGAACAACUGGGCUGAAAACAAGUUAACUCGACGACAAACGCAAGCCAAGUAUGGAUUCUAAUGGACUGGAUAUCAAGAUGUUGUGCACACCUCUACCUAAUGUCGAGCAGAUUUUGUCCGAGACUGCAGCCAAUACAGAAAUGCCAUCUUUUUGCCAGCUUUUAGAGAUGUAAUACCAGUUUGUAUUGUUUCGGAAAGGAGCUGAGGACUUUAAAACACUAUUGGCUGCUAUUAUAAUGUUGAAGAUUGCUCCCAGUUGUCUACCUAAUAUUAUCGUUCCAUUUAAACUACAUUGGGUUUUGGGUCACCUGUAACAUAAUAGUAGCUGUUGUUGGUUCACAUGAUUUAUUUGUUUAUUAAAUGAUUGGGAUGUCUUGACUUGGGAAGGUCUUGUCUUCCACACUGCCAUCGUGAGCAGUGGCAUAUAUAUAUAUAUAUAUAAAAAAAUUGGAAACACUUUACAAUAAGGUUCUUUAUGUUAACAUUAGUUCUUUUUAUAGCAUUUCUUCAUUUUGGUCAGUGUUAAUAUAGAAAUACUGUUUAUUGUUAGUUGAAAAUGCAUUCAUUACUGUUAAUGUAUACAAAAUUAAUAUUAAAUGUUAAUGUAUACAAUCUUAUUGUAAAGUAUUGCAAAACCUUGUAAAAAAGUAUUUGAGUGAAUCUUCCUAUCUUUUAGCUGCUUGUUUUCAUAUGAAUGUUGAUUCUUAAUCGUAGAACCAUGAAUAAAGAAUAACAAUUUCACUGCAA